AUGUCAAAGAUUAAAAACAUACCCGUCUGUAUCGCAGCUUCCGGUAAUGUCCCCAACAAGGCUCUCCGCCGCGUCUGUUACGUCCUUUGCUUCCUCCUUGCCGACCACAGCGGUGUGCGACAGUCCUACUACCGACUAUCGGGAAGGGUGGCAGUGAUCGGGGCUCGGGAGGGGACAGUGUCCAUUCCGGAACACGCUUGGCUGGGGCCCGCCAUGAACGACCGAGCACGUGGACUUGGGGCAACGGAACAAGCCCCAGUAUCAACGGGAGGCGAAGAGAACAUCCUGUGUUACACUGAGGACAGGUAUAGGAACGAGGACAUCUUCCUGCACGAAUUCGCCCAUGGCAUCCAUCUGCUGGGCGCCAAGUACGCCAUUCCAGGCUGGCAGAGUCGCCUACAGUCGCUCUACGACCAGGCCAAAGCUGUCGGAAGGUGGAACAAUACAUACGCCAUGAGUACUGUGGAGGAAUACUUUGCGGAAGGGACACAAAGCUACUUCAACGUCAACGCUUACUCCGUCACCCCUAACGGCGUCCACAACGACGUGAACACCAACGACAAACUGCAGCAGUACGACCCCCAGCUGUUCUCUCUCACACACGAGGUAUUCCCGUGCGGGAACACGUAUCUGAAGCGAUGCAGUACAAACAGACGUGCUGAGAAAAGCCAGCAACUGAGGAUGAAUUGUAACCCUGGGGGCACCGGAACCGGAACCGGAACCGGAACUGGAACUGGUUCAGGCACAUGUGAGGACAGCAACACCAACUGCAGGUCGUGGGCGUCGCAAGGGGAGUGUGAAGGGAACCCCGGCUACAUGUUGACAUCGUGUAGACGCAGCUGCAACCAGUGCUGA